AAAUCCAAAUCCCAUACGCUUGUUCUGUCACCACCAAACCCUUCCUUUUUAUUGCCAUCUCCCUUGGCAAGGAAUUGCGUGUCCGAAGAAAAAUCCAUGAUGAAAAGGUUCGAAAUUUGCGAAGAUUAAGGCCGAAGACUUCGUUUUCUGGAGAAUUCUCGACUGCCCAUUUCCUUAAAUACCGAGGAUCUUCAAUCUCGCGGAAGGGUUUUUUUUCUUCCGGGUUUUGGAUCCCGUGCUUGAUGGGUGCGGGUUUAUCUGGUUUUCACAAUGAGUUUUCGACGAAUUCUUGGUCCGGGGAUGGGAAUUUGUUGAAGCCCAAUCUAGGAGAUUUGCCGGAAAGUUGUGUGGCUCUGAUUGUUGAGAAUUUGGAUCCGGUGGAGAUCUGCAGAUUCGCGAAGCUCAACAGGGCAUUUCGCGGCGCUUCCUGGGCGGAUUUCGUCUGGGAAUCAAAACUCCCCCCUAAUUACAGGCUUAUUCUCGAGAGAAUCCUCGGUGGUUUCCCAGAAAAUUUGCAGAAACGGGAUGUUUAUUCAUGUCUUUGUCGGAUUAAUUCCUUCGACGGCGGCACGAAGAAAGUGUGGCUAGACAAGAGAACUGGAGGUGCCUGUCUAUGCAUUUCAGCCAAGGGUUUAUCAAUCACCGGCAUCGAUGAUCGGAGAUAUUGGAGUCAUAUUCCGACCGAUGAAUCUAGAUUUUCUUCCAUAGCAUAUCUCCAACAAAUCUGGUGGUUCGAAGUGGACGGAGAAAUCAAUUUCCCCUUCCCGCCCGGAGCCUACAGCCUCUUUUUCAGGCUUCAGCUCGGCCGACCGGGGAAACGGUUUGGCCGCCGGGUCUGUAACACUGAUCAGGUUCAUGGUUGGGACAUUAAACCGGUUCGUUUUCAGCUCUGGACCGAGGAUGGUCAAUACUCUACAUCCCAAUGCACGCUAACCGAACCAGGAAAUUGGAUCCAUUACCACGGGGGAGAUUUCGUCGUCGAGAGAUCGAAGAGGACGACUACGAAGAUAAAAUUCUCGAUGACCCAGAUCGAUUGCACGCAUACAAAAGGCGGGUUAUGUCUAGAUUCUGUUAUCGUGUACCCGAGCCGGUACAAGGAUCGGUUGAGUCGGGUUUAGGUAACCAACCGAGGCCGGUUUAGGGAAGAGGGUUAAAGCAAGGUUUUUUUAUUUCCUUUAGCCUUUUUGUAGUAUUAUUGGGGUACCCAAAACUAGCAUUUUAGUUUAGGGUUCUUAUCGGAGUUUAGUUCAUAUAUAUGUAAACCCUAAAGUUGUGAACUUCAAUCUUUUAUUGUUUUGUUAAAUCUCUAUUUACAAUGAUCUUUUA